UGUGCACAGACACCAGCAAAAGAUGGAGUUCGCCUGCAGUCAUGUUGUGUGUAACUGGAGGCCCGGUGGAGCAGCAUCCACAGGUGCUUCUCUGAUAGAGCUCCAGCGUGACGACACAGCAACUGUUAAAGAGCAAGAAGUUCCUCCACCGCUGCCGCCUCGUCGUUUCAGAAGACCUCGGCCUACUUCUCUCCCUUUCCCCCCUCCUCCUAUCAUUCAGCCUACACCGGUUCCUCGCUCCCUCCCCCCUCCCAUCCCACCCAGAGUCGACAGGGAAGGAGGAAGCAGGCUGGAGGCCAACGUCAACGUCGUCUCGCUCAGUAUCGGAAAACUGGUCGACAUCAGCCAAGCCUCAGGCCAGGAGAGUUUUCAGAGCCCAGUGGUUUGUGGGAAAUGUAGUGCUGCCUUGUCAUGUCUGAGUUCUAUCCAGGGGAACGUUUGGGUGUGCGAGUUCUGCGGGUGUGAAAACAGUGUAAGCAACAGCAUGAAGAGAGUGUGUGUUGGUCAGCGCAGGGGUGUACAUAGCGACGACCUCUACCUGCCGAGUCAGAGCGACGACGACUACCAGAACUUGGAGGACACGCUGGUGGUGUUCUGUGUGGACAUUUCUGGCAGCAUGAUUGUCACUACGGAGGUUCCGUCGAGCAGCGGAGCUCCAAAAUACAUAUCCAGACUAGAGGGUAUCCAGGAUGCCCUCCAGAGGGCGCUAUCACUCCUUCUGCAGCAAUCCCCCCGCAGGAGAGUGGCACUGGUGACAUUCAACGAUGAGGUUGUAAUAUAUGGUGAUGGCACAAGCACUCCUCUCACUCUCAGGGACUGGGCAUUGGUUGACUAUGACCAUAUAUGGCAGCAGGGUGUGGCUUAUAGUGUCCCACACUGUAUUGCUGAGACGUACCAACAACUUGUACAGGUGGUCAAAAACCUCAGGGAGCAUGGCGCUACAUGUCUCGGCCCUGCAGCGUUAGCCUCGGUUGCCAUAGCGUCAAGGUAUCCUGGGUCAAAGGUGAUUUUGUGCACUGACGGCAGAGCCAACAUUGGACUGGGUGAGAUGGAUGAAAUUCCCUCUCUGUCCCCCUCUCACCUUACUCCGUAUUUCUACAGACAGCUGGCUCUGCAGUCCGUGAGCAGUGGUGUCAUAAUAUCAGUGAUGACUUUUGAAGGGACAGAUUGUCGCUUGGCUGACGUCGGGAGACUUGCAGACACGACUGGAGGAAGGGUAAACAUCGUGAGCAUCGGUACUGUUGCAACAGAGAUCCAGUCUGCCUCCAUGGACAACAUCCUUGCCACAGGAGUCACAGCGACCCUACUUGGUCCUGAUGGAAUGUAUUUUCCCUAUGAGGAGGAAAACAAUCACAAACUGGUGAGAGAGAUAGGGAAUGUGACCAUGGGGCUGGAGAUCACCUUCCAGUUCGCUGUAAAACCAGAAUUUAUGGAAGUUUUUCUACAGAAGGACACACUUCCAUUCCAACUCCAGCUGAGCUUCAAGACCAGAGACCAAGACAAAGUCACUCGUGUUAUCACUGAGCAGCGACCAGUUACUACCUGCAGUCGGAUUUGGGCUGGAAGCCUCAACAUGGCGGUACUUGGCGUUCACUGCGCUCAACUCUGUGCCAGUUUAACCAUGGAGGGUCGAGUGGAGGAAGCACAGAGGCAACUAAAGGCACAGCAAGACCUGCACAAAUUAAUCAGUAAGCAGAGGCCAAUCAAAAAGGAAGAAAGCAUCUAUGGCAACUGGAUGGACACCAUGACAUCGAUAUGUGAAGACAUCACCAUGGAAUCACGGACUCUCUCUGAUGAAGCAGCUAAGGUAAUGUACCAGAUGAAGAGAGCCAGCAGUAACAGCAACUACAGCAACACAACUGAGGUCCAGAAGAAGACCAGGAGGAAGAAGAAGGCUCUCGUGGAGGGAAUGUAAAGACCAACAAAUAUGGAGACUUGAUUUCAUAUUUAGCUCAGGUGGCCACAAGUUUUUAUUUAGCACGUGCAGUACUAGAAGGAGCUUCACUGUGAAGCUGACUGAACUGGAAUAAUAUUGGAAUUAACAUGUAAAAUCAUUACCACAAAUGAUUUAUGAAAUAAUGUAAUACUGUGUAUUGUUGACUGGUAAUUGAUUUGAUAAAUCCAAAGUGUACUUGACUUAGACAGAAGCAUAUGUAUUACUGUAUUAGCAUACAGAUUUUAUUGUGCAGCUCCUUACAGUGUCAGAAAAUGGCUGCACUGCAGGAAGCUGUGGCAUUUCAGUGUUAUAUACGGUUUAACGUAACACUCCAAACCAUAGUUGUAUGUACUGUAUGUACACACUUGUGAAAUAAGACAAAAAUCUUUAAACAAUAUUAAAACAUACCACAGAUUACAACAUCAA